AUGCCGAGUCCGGCGCCAAGGGAGAGGGAGGAGUGGGACGAGGAGGGGUACGGGCCGGACGAGUCGUUCCUCUUUCCCGAGGGGGAGGGGGAGGGAGAGACGAGCGGAGAGGAAGUGAGGGGCAGAAGUUUGUGGAUGAAGCACGUGGGCACAAGGGUGAAGAUCGCUGGUGAGCUUCCUGCCCGCUUUCAGACUGACAUGACACUCGAUGAGGUGGAGACGUCUACUGCUUUCCAUCUAGAAUUUGAGGAUAUGGACGGUUCCAGUUUCUCAUAUGGCCUCACUAUCGCUUUUGAAGAUCUCUCGACCUACCCCUCUUCAUGCGAGACGUCCGUCUCCACUACGUCACCCGCCACCCCACCCAAGCGAGCCCAUCUCCGCGUGUUUGAGCGCUUCUCAAAAACGUACAGCCUGACGGUGAAGGGAAUCAUGGAGCGAUUGGUGUGCGCUCUGCAGGGGGACGAUGAUGCGAGUGGGGGCCAGGCGCCCGCGGAGUCGGGGUCGGUGGUCGUUGAGGUGGGGAUGCCAGUCGUAGAGGUGGCAGUGCCAGCGCCGGUCGUACCGGUGGCUGGGGAUAAGAAGGAGGGGGCCAAGGGGCAGGUGGAUGGAGAGAAAGAAGAGGAGGAAGAAGUGGAGCGGACUGUCACGGUAGCAGUCGCAGUGCCACUCGUAGUCGCGGCCGAGGCGUGA